GGACCACUUUGGACCGCUUGAGUCUCUUUCGAAGUGCUUCAGCACCCUUUGGACGGAUGGAACGUUUCGGUCCACUUUGAGGAAUGUCCGGCGUCUGCUGUGGACUGGUCACAAGCGCUUUACUUCACUUUGGACCACUUUGCUGUUCGGUUCACUGGAAGACGACCACAGCUGACCACCUUCUCCAGCCCCGAUGGACUCAUUGACUUACGGAGAAGUGGGUGGAGUGCGUUUGGGGACGCGGGACGUGGACAGGAGGAGGAUCUUUUCCUGCCUUAUUUGCUGACUCCCUCCUGUGAGCGCAAGUCGGAUUCUGGGACCUUCUCCGUCUCCCGUUUCUCCUGGCACUCCUCACUGUUUCAUUUCCUCUCCUUUUCCCAAGUCUUUUCCUUAUUCUUCUCCCUGCUCAUCGUCCUCCUCAUCUCGUCUUCUCGGACGUCUUCUUUCUCCAGGUUGUUGUUCUCUCUCUCUCUCUCUCUGUUCCCCUUCUUUUCUGGGCUUUCCUUCUCCUCCUCGUUUUCAUCCCCCUCUGUCCUCUCCUGGAUAACGGCCCCCGACUGCUUUUGAGCCUCUGCCGUCUUCCUGUGCUGCUUUUCGCGUCGUUUUUUUAAAUUCGCCAUCGUGCCGCGGACAGCCCCUUGGGCACCAAUUAAUCCACCUCCCUUGGACGUCUUGCUCCGACCGAGCCUUCCCCUGGCUGUCGGGCCUCCGCCCCGGUUGCCGGACCCUGCCGUCCACCUUGCUCUGGGCGGAUGAACGACAAGGGGCUGAAGUUGGGUAUGGGCUUCUCAAAGCGGGUGGUGCUCACCUUGGCCGUGCUGCUGUGCCUGUACAUCAUCUUCUAUUUCUUCUGCUACCCGAACAUCAAGUAUAAGCCUUGGUGGAGUGUCUCUAAAAUAGCCCUCUUCAAGGCUGAGACAUCGACGCCCGCCAGAGAUCGUUUCACUCCAGCUGCAAGGACUCCGGCAGUGGCCUCACCUGGCACCACAAGGUCACAGACCCUUCACAAGGCCAGUACUGCAGGCAGCCGGAAGACCACCAAGGCUCCCAGGCCCCGUGGAACUACAGAGUUCUCUUACAUUGGGGACAGAUAUGCCACAGAUGACGUGCCAUCUCAGACGAGCUGCGCGAACAGCACCCGCAAGAGGGUGAAGGGGACGACCUUCAAGGAGCGGUUCCUGGAGCAUGUGCCUGUCCUCCAGUGGCACAAGCAUGGGAGCCCGGAGGAGUACAAACGGCUGCGCCAGUACCCUGGGGCACAUGGCUGGGGCAGUGUUGACUAUGAAACACUCAUGAACACCCUGUCCAUCCUCAACACGUCAGCCAAUCGGCUCAUGUUCGAUGACUGGGAGCGACGGGCCAAUGGCAGCUCCUGCAUCCGCUGUGCCGUGGUAGGAAACGGAGGGAUUCUCAAUGGGUCCAAGAAGGGUCGGGAGAUUGAUCGGCACGACUACGUCUUCAGGACAAACGGUGCAGUGAUCAAUGGCUUUGAGGAGGACGUAGGCUCCCGUACCACAAUGUACACCUUCUCCGCCAACACCCUGAGAAACUCCAUCGCAAGCUACGGAGCAGUGGGUUACAAGGGUCCCCCGCUUUCGGAGGAGACCAGGUAUGUGUUUCUGCCAGACCAUGACCGUGACUACAUUCUUCUGAAGGCAGCAGCGACACACACUCCCAUCAAGAAGGGGCCAGAGAGCAGCAAAAUUCCACCAAGAUACUUUGGAGAUAAUGUUACUUUGGAGAAAUUCAAAAUGUAUCACCCGGACUUCAUCCGAUACAUCAGAAACAGAUUCCUGCGCUCCAAUAUAAUGAAAACUGAGUACAGGAACAUAUACCGACCGUCCACAGGUGCCGUCAUGCUCUUGGCUGCUUUGCACACAUGUGACCAGGUGAGCGCGUAUGGCUUCAUGACCCCUGACUACAGUAAGUACUCGGACCACUACUACGACAAGAGACACAGAGGAGUGACUUUCUAUGCCAACCAUGACCUGCACCUGGAGCUGUACCUCUGGCAGCAGCUGCACAAGGAAGGCCUUAUCCGUCUCUACAUGCGCUAGUGAUCUUACUUGCACGUGAUCGCCAUGGCAACCACAGGCCAGAGGAUGGCAACAAGGACCAACCACCCUUUCUGCCAGCUCCACAUUGCGGGGCAUCCUAUGUCACAUUAUGUUGACUUGGCCAAGGUGGGGGCAAUGGGGCGCAAUUUUAACAGCCCCAUCAAGUGCCUGUGUUGAGAUGCUGCACAAACUCAUCACUUCCUACUCAGCUAAACAUCCAAAAGAUUUUUUUUUUUUUUUUUUUUAAAUAAAUAUAUAUAUAUAAACUAUUAUUUUAAGGGAUAUUCUAUAGCUGCUGUGAAGUAAUUUUUGGCUUAUGUCAGAUACUUAUGCUAUAUGGACACUUAUUUAUAUGUUGUGGGUUACCAAUCAGUAAAUGAAAUUAUUUCAUGCAAUGUAUAUUUUCAUAAGUUGUCAGAAAGUGAUUAUAACAGUCAACUUUGCUGCUGCAAUUAAAAAUGAAGAUAAAUUGUGCCAAUAUUUGGAAGACACCUCCCAAACCCUGUUCAGAAAUAUGGAGGCGUCACAGAGGGCCUGUCUAAUCUCAGGUUAGUUUGUAGAGAGAACCUCGGAGUGAUCCAGAACGCCGCGGACACAGCUGGUGGUGGCCAGACUGGACCGAACUUGGCUUUCUUCUCUGGACACUGUGAGAUUAUAGCUGCGGAAGAAAAUGAGGCCUUUGCUCUAUUUCAGAGCACACUCACUUUUUCACACCUUAAUGCCUGUGCUGGAGGGGUAAAGGUUGGAGAAUCAAACUGAUUUUAAUCUGAAGGUAUAUUUUCUCUUUACUAUCAAGCAUGGUGGCUCAUAUAAAGCAUUCCUGUGGCAAACAAAAUUUUCCUUAAGUUCUGUUUGUUUAUGUGUAUUUGUAAAACAAUGAAUGUACUAGCUUUUGUUUAUGUCUGCUGUCUUUUUAAAUGAAAUUGGUGUAAUGCCUGAAAAUGUUAAAUAUUCCGUCCUUGUAUUAUAGCACGUAAGGGUCAAGUGUGCGGGGUGCCACAUCUGUGUAAACGGUACAGUCUGAAUGUAGUAAACUGAGUAGCAAACUGUCAGAAGAUGGUACUGGCCGGGCCGUUUUUAGGAAGUUUAGGUUGCUUUUGCUACAGUGGUCAAGCAGAAGAAAUCGGGGCAGCAGUGAAAAAGCAAAAUGUGGGCGAAGUGCGUGGGGGUGCUCCUUCAGCUCGCGCUGAGGCCGUUGGAGAACUGUGCUCGAAGCGGCCGACUGGGACACCCUGCCCCGCGUGACGCCUGCGUGACAUGCGAGUAAUUUCACUUCUUACUGGGCAGCUGGAGAGUCCAGAGUAGGAAACUGCACACACACCGUGAGCACAUAGGCAGUUUCAGGUCACAAAACUCUUUAUUACUGACACGUUGUCAAACAUUUACGCAAAAUAUGCUUCUUUUUUUUUUUCUUUCUAAACAAGAGAAAGGCAUAUCAGGUUGUUUGGUGUCUGAAAAAGGUUGUUUCAGCGAGGAUGCAUGUGAAUUGAGUUGACUUUUGUGCACAGACUAAAAACAUUAAAAAAGAAAAAAAGAAAAGAAAAUCCCUAUUCAAACCAA